AUGUCCGAAGAAAUAUCACGAUUUGAUGGCACCGGUUGUCUCAAAACUUUCUUAAAAAAGUUUGAGAUAUGUGCCAGGUACAAUAAUUGGAAUCUCGUAGACAUGGAAGCGUAUUUGUCAUGUUCGUUAACAGGUGAAGCUUCACAGGUUCUCUGGGAUUUAACAGGUUUAGGUUACCAAGAGCUGGUAUCUAAGCUAGAAGAUCGUUUUGGAACAAGAGGUCAUGAAGAGUCAUACAGGUACGAAUUACAGAUUCUUCGUCGAAAACCUGGUGAGUCGUUACGAGAGUUGUCGAUGGUUACUAAAAGACUCAUGUCAUUAGCCUAUCCAGGAGAGCAGUCAAGAUUAGCUACACAUCUAGCUCGGGCCUUUUUCUUGUCAGCCCUCGAUAAUGCUGAAUUAGAGUUAAAGGUUAGGGAAAAAGAACCAAAAAACAUUGACGAUGCUCUUAGAUUUGCACAGCGUCUUGAAGUUUCAAAGAUGGUGGUAGAUUCAUCUCAUAGGUUUGACCCGCAGGUUAAAGAUUUUCAAGCAGGAGCAGAAAACAUGGAGUCGAUGGUACGACAGAUUGCGUUCCUUCAAAAGUCAUUCGAAGAACUCAGAAAUAAAAGAGUGCAGCCAACGGUAUCCCGAGUUGAGCGAGAAAAAAUUUGUUUUAAUUGUAAGAAGCCAGAAGUAACAGGUAUAGUUGAUGGAUUAGUAAAAGAUAUUCCUAAAGAAGCAAGAGAAGAGUUGACUCGAAUACUUAUAAGUUUUUCAGACAGAUUCAGCUGUGCAAGUGGAGAAAUAGGUGCUGCAAAAGGAGUCUUCCAUAAGAUUGAUACUCAGGAUGCACGACCGGUAAAACAGCCGAGACGACAUCCUCCGGCGCAUCAAAAGGUGAUCGCGGAACAGAGAUUGUUUCCUACGAUAUCGUCAGAAGAGAUUAGAAGAAGAUAUUUGGUGGCGAGGGCGGCCAUUAGCGAAAUGCUGACAGAACUGGCGCCAGCAUUUUCCCUCCAUGGAUGUAUAGAUGAACCCAAAAGGCGCAGAGAAAAAGCGGACCAGGCAAGGAAACUCGCCGAUCAACUGAUGACAUUCCAAAUGCCGGAGGUUAAGCCUGAAGACAUCACAGAAGACAAUUCCAUAGAGAAGCCAACAGAAGUACCAUCACGAAGUAACGACGAGUCGACCGAGUCGCUUGUCCAAACCUGGACAGGCGAAGAUACGCCAGAAUUUUUACCAGGGCAGCCGGACAUCGUUCCAGAACUUGUGAGGCUUGUUGACGAACUCUUUGAUCAGCGACCAGAUUUGUUUGCCGUAGGUAAUCAGCCAUCGAUGGACCUGUUCGCUGGUCUGGACGAACAACCGACAGAAAAAAAAUCAGCAACCGACGGAAAAUCAAUUGAGCACGACGACCACAACAAAAAAAAAAGAAGAUAA